UACGACAGGGUUGUUUUUACUGGAUCUACUCGAUCUAUACAUCUAGAUCUAGAUUAAUAUGGAAACAGUUACAAAGAUGUCGAGCCCCAAAGAAGAAAGGUCUUUUAGGAAUACUUUUCCUGACUUUACUAGUGAUGCUUUGCCUCCACUUAACAAAAAUAAAGAACUUGAAGGAGACUUUCAAAGCAAAAUUCUAUCUGCUAUAGAAAAACUUCUUAAUACAUUGGAUGAAAAGGCUGAGGAUGAUGGCAAAGACUAUUCAAUUUAUACUGGGUCUUCAGGUCAUGCCUUGCUUCACCUUCACCUCUAUAUGAACUUUCCUGGAGUGCAAGAUCAGGCAGAUUUGUACAAAGCCUUAAACUGGUUGAAGCCUAUUCUUGGUAGGCUGAAGGGCUCCAAGCCCUCCAUGUUGUGUGGAAUAUCUGGGCCUCUGGCGAUAGCAGCCGUGGUGUACGACAAACUCGGGGAAAAAAAAAUCAGCGGGGAGUAUGUUGCCAAAGUUCUGGCUCUGUGUGAAGAAGUCUGUAAUGAUUUUUCAAUUCCUGAUGAGCUUCUAUUUGGACGAGCAGGGUACCUGUCUGCUUUAUUGUUUCUGCAACAACAUCUGGGACCUCAAGUUAUUAACAACAACAUGGUGGUCAAGGUUGUUGAUGCUAUUCUUGUAUCUGGACAAGACUUGGCCAAGAGAAAACAUUACAAGCAUCCACUGAUGUAUGAAUGGCAUGACAAGGCUUAUUUAGGAGCUGCCCAUGGUUUGGCUGGAAUAUUUUUCAUAUUACUUCAAGUCUCAGAUCCGUCAGUUCAGAAGCAGAUACGAGAAUUUGUAAAGCCAUGCGUAGACUACAUGUUGACUUUGAGAUUUGCUUCAGGCAAUUGCCCUUCCUCACUGGAAAGCACCAGUGGGGACAAAUUGGUUCACUGGUGUCACGGAGCCCCUGGUUGGAUGUACAUGUUAGUCUUGGCUUUUAAGAUUUUUAAAGAUAUGCGUUACUUGGAAGCUGCCAAAGAUUGUGCAAAAGUAACAUGGGAGAGGGGCAUUCUGUAUAAAGGUUAUGGGCUGUGCCAUGGCACUGCAGGAAAUGCUUACUCUUUUCUUUUCUUGUACAAGGCUACACAAGAUCCAAGAUACUUGUACUAUGCUUGUAAAUUUGCUGAAUGGUGUUGUGAUUAUGGUAAACAUGGAUGUCAUAAACCAGAUAGACCUUACUCAUUAUUUGAAGGGAUGGCAGGAACAGUGUACUUCCUGGUAGACUUAUUGCAUCCCCAGAAUGCUGCUUUUCCAACUUUUGAGUUCAAUAUUAAUAUCUAGACUUUACAUUUCUUCAACUUUUUAUUGUGUUCCAUUUUUAUUUUUCAAAGUUUAAGUGGCACAUUUUAGCCAUUAAAAAAAAAAAAACUAUUAAGAAUUCACAAUUUUUUUUUUUACUUAUGUGAAAAUUACAUAAGACUUUGUUCUUUGUAUAUAAUGUGUAUAUACUGUAUAUAUACAAAUGUUAAAGCAUCUUGAAGAUUUUAGUCUUAUGUACAUUUAAAUACAUUGAUUAUCUAGAUCUUUUUAGAUUAUGUAUCUAAAAAUUGCAAAAUAAUAAUUGUGAGACAAGAGUGCUGUUUUUUCAAUGUUCAAUUUCUAGAUCUAGAUCUAAACAUUAAACUAUAUAUUACAUAGGUUAGGGUUGAGGAAAAAAAAACUGUACUUCUUAUAACUACUUUACAAAACAACGCCUUGUUUCAACUU